AAGAGUAAUUCUAGGUGUACAAACCUAGAAUAUCCCAAUUAUUUACUUACCAAUGCCAAUUUCAAGCUAACUAGUUCCAUCUUCAACUACUAAAAUAUCCCAAUUUACUACUCGUAUUACAAAAGACGCACCUCAUCACCAUCAUUUCCACUGCACUUGUUUUACAGAUGGAAGACGAUGUGGUUUUAUGCGUUAAUCAGCUGGUGACAAAUAAAUCGUCGGAAACUCCAGGGUCGUCUCUAGAUGGAGAAAAUGGUGAAGAAGCUGGUGAACACGUGCCACUUAUUCAGUCAGUUGAGUGUCGAAUAUGCCAGGAGGAGGAUAGCGUCAAAAACUGCGAGAUUCCUUGUGCUUGUAGUGGCAGCCUUAAGUUUGCUCACAGGAAAUGUGUUCAACGAUGGUGCAACGAAAAAGGAGACACAAUUUGCGAAAUCUGUCACAAGGCUUAUGAACCUGGUUAUAUGGCACCUCCUCAAUCAGAUGGCACUGUUGUUGAUAUCAGUGCAAGUUGGACACUUAAUGGUACUCCUAUAAACCUGUUAGAUCCUCGACUUGUGGCUAUGGCUGCUGCUGAACGGAAUCUUUUGGAUGCUGAAUAUGAGGACACCAGUGCCAAUGGGGCUUCGUUUUGUCGCUCAGCUGCUCUCAUUAAUUUUAUGUGCUUCAAAUUUUGCAUCAUUGCUGGGCAGUUGAUGGCUCUUUUGCUCUUGAGGCAUGCUCUCACAAUUGGCGAUGAUGACGAUGAUGAUGCUUCUGCCUUUUUUGCUCUUUUCAUGCUUCGGGCAGCUGGUCUUCUCUUUACUUUCUACAUGAUGGCCUGGGCGAUCAGUAUCUUGAAGCGUCUUAGGCAAUCACAGGAACCCACAAGACGGGCAGGACUGGAAGCAGCUGUAGAUGUGGACUGGCAGCAGCCCCUGAUGAGGCACCCAUGAUGCAAGCUGCCAAGCAGAGCAUCAUAGAGGCCUGCAUAUCAUUCUUGCACCAGGAACAUCUAUGGUAUCACCACCACCACCUGCUAUGACCACGGCUCCUUUGCCAGUGAGCCUCAUCGAUAUAAUAUGCUCAAUUGAGGUUGUAUGUUGUAUCUUCUCCCUGUCUACAAAAAUGAAACUGAAAGCUUAAUUGUGUUUGUAAACUAAUAUUAACGAUCAAUUUAUGAAUAUAUGUGGGGAUUCAUGGUA